AUGCAGGAGAACCAUGAGACAGUGACCUCGCUGGGAUUCCCCAUUCCCAAACCUGACCUGAUCGCCCGGCUGGAACGAGGGGAAGAGCCGUGGGUCCUGGAUCUCCAGGCCGCUGACGAAAGUGUGAGCCUGAGAGGUACCUGCACAGCAGCUGAUAGGACAGUGAGUGAGAACAAGGAGGAGAAUCAGCAGGAGGAAGGUCCUGAGCAAGAGAUGUUUUUGAAAAAAGCUGAAGAGAAUUUUUCCGAGGGCUUGGAACAGGGAGAAGCCUGGGGAGAUGGACACGGAUCAGACAUGCAGCUGGGAAACUAUCCCAUUCAGAAACUGGAUAAAUCCACUGAAUGUGGCAGAGGAUGGAAGGAUCCCAAGGAAAGCACAAUUCAGCAGACAAGUCACAAUGAAGAGAAACCCUACAAAUGCCUUGACUGUGGGAAAAGAUUUAAUUCGAGGUCACAGCUUAUGUCACAUAACAAAAUCCACACAGGAGAGAAGCCUUAUAAAUGCCUCGACUGUGGGAAAAGCUUCAUCGACAGAAUAAAAUUUACUAGUCAUCAGAGAAUGAGUACAGGAGAGAGACCCUAUAACUGCUUUGACUGUGGGAAAAGCUUCAUACACAAGUCAAGGCUUACUGUACACCAGAGAGUACACACAGGAGAGAGACCCUAUAUAUGCUGUGAGUGUGGGAAAGGUUUUAUUCGGAGCUCAGAGCUUAUUACACAUGAGAUCACCCACACAGGAGAGAGACCCUUUAAAUGCCUUGCGUGUGGGAAAGGUUUUAGUCAGCGUGCAACACUUAUUGCACAUGAGACAACUCACACUGGAGAGAGACCCUAUGAAUGCCGUGAAUGUGGGAAAAGUUUUAGUCAGCGUGUAACACUUAUUACACAUCAGCGAACCCACACAGGAGAGAGACCCUAUAAAUGCCAGGAGUGUGGGAAAAGUUUCAGUGUGAAAUCAACCCUUAAUGCACAUCAGAAAACCCACACAGGAGAGAGACCCCAUAAAUGCUUUGAGUGUGGGAAAAGCUUCAUUCAGAAGUCAAAGCUUAGUGAACACCAGAGAGUACACACCGGAGAGAGACCAUAUAAAUGCCUCGACUGUGGGAAAACUUUCCUUAAGCGCUCAGAUCUUAUUAAGCAUCAGAGUAUCCACACACCAAGCGAGAAAUCCUAUAAAUGCCUUGACUGUGGGAAAAGUUUCCCUGACAGAAUAAAACUUACUGGACAUCAGAGAAUCCAUACAGGAGAGAGGCCCCAUAAAUGCUUUGACUGUGGGAAAAGCUUCAUACACAAGUCCAGGCUUGUUGUGCACCAGAGAGUGCACACGGGAGAGAAACCCUUUAAAUGCCAUGAGUGUGGGAAAAGUUUUAGUCAGCGUGGAGCACUUAUUACACAUCAGCGAAGCCACACAGGAGAGAGACCCUAUGGAUGCCUUGAGUGUGGGAUAAGUUUUAUCUCAAGUUCAGCCCUUGCUCAUCAUAGCAAAAUCCACAUGAGAGAAAGACCUUAUAAAUGCCAUGAGUGUGGGAAAGGUUUUAGUCAGCGUGUAACACUUAUUAGACAUCAGCGAACCCACACAGGAGAGAGACCCUAUGGAUGUCUUGAGUGUGGGAAAAGCUUCAUUCAGAAGUCACAACUUAUUCUACACCAGAGAGUGCACACAGGAGAGAAACCCUUUCAAUGCUGUAAAUGUGAGAAAAGUUUUAUUCGGAGCACAACGCUUAUCUCACAUCAGAGAACCCACACUGGGGAGAAACCUUAUAAAUGCCUCGAAUGUGGCAAAAGUUUUAGUCAGAGCUCAAAUCUUAUUGCACAUAAGAGAAGCCACACAGGAGACAGACCGUAUAAAUGCUUGGACUGUGGGAAAAGCUUCACCAUUGGUGCAAACCUUAUUAAACAUUGGAGAACCCACACAGGAGAGAAGUCCUAUGAAUGCUUGGACUGUGGGAAAAGCUUCAAUGAGAAGUCACACUUCAUUACACACCGGAGACUGCACACAGGCGAGAGACCCUAUAAAUGCCUGGAGUGCGGGAGAAGCUUUAAUGAGACAUCACACCUUAUGUCACAUCACAGAACCCACACAGGAGAGAAGCCCUAUAAAUGCUUAGACUGUGGGAAAAGCUUCAGUAGGAAGCCUUAUCUUAUUAAGCACCAGAGACUGCACACGGGAGAGAGACCUUAUAAAUGCCUUGAGUGUGGGAAAGGUUUUAUCGAAAGUUCAUGCCUUACUAAACAUGAAAGAAUCCACACAGGAGAAAGACCCUAUACAUGCCUUGAAUGUGGGAAGAGUUUCAUUCAGAAGUCACAACUUAUUAUACACCAGAGACUGCACACAAGAGAGAGACCUUAUAAAUGCCUGGAGUGUGGGAAUGAUUUCAAUAGUCGCUCCCACCUUAUUAAGCAUCAGAAAAUCCACACAAGUGACAAACCCUAUAAAUGCCUUGACUGUGGGAAAAGUUUUGUUGACAGAACGAAACUUACCACUCAUCAGAGAAUCCACACAGGAGAGAGACCCCAUAAAUGUUUAGACUGUGGGAAAAGCUUCAUUGAGAAGUCUCAACUUAUUCUACACCAGAGACUGCACACAGGAGAGAGACCUUUUCAAUGCUGUGAAUGUGGGAAAAGUUUUAUUCGGAGCUCAGUGCUUAUUACACAUCAGCGAACCCACACGGGAGAGAGACCUUAUAGAUGCCUUGAGUGUGGGAAAGAUUUUAGCGAGCGCUCAAAGCUUAUUACACAUCAGAGAAUCCACACAGGAGAAAGACCCUACAAAUGCUUGGACUGUGGGAAAACUUUCAGUCAGCGCUCAUACCUUACUAAACACGGGAGAAUCCACACGGGAGAGAGACCCUAUAAAUGCACUAAGUGUGGGAAAGGUUUUAUUGAAAGUUCAUCCCUUACUAAACAUGGAAAAAUCCACACAGGAGAAAGACCAUAUAAAUGCCCUGAGUGUGGGAAAAGUUUCAAUGUGAAAUCAACCCUUAAUACACAUGAGAAAGCCCACACGGGAGAGAAACCCCAUAAAUGCCUGGACUGUGGGAAAACGUUUGGGCAGAAUUCAUACCUUAUCGAACAUAGGAGAAUCCACACAGGAGAGAGACCAUAUAAAUGCCUUUACUGUGGGAAAGCUUUUAGUCAGCGCUCACACAUUAUUAAGCAUCAGAGAAUUCACACAGGUGACAAACCCUAUAAAUGCCUCAAUUGUGGGCAAAGUUUUGUUGACAGAACGAAACUUAAAAAUCAUCAGAGAAUCCACACAGGGGAGAAACCCCAUAAAUGCUUAGACUGUGGGAAAAGCUUCAUUCAGAAGUCACAACUCACUAUACACCAGAGAGUACACACAGGAGAGAGACCAUAUAAAUGCCUUGAGUGUGGGAAAAGUUUUAGUCAGAGCUCAAAACUUAUUACACAUCAGCGAACCCACACAGGAGAGAGACCUUAUAAAUGCCUUGAGUGUGGGAAAAGUUUUAUGGAAAGUUCAUCCCUUAUUAGACAUGGGCAAAUCCACACAGGAGAAAGUGCCUAUAAAUGCCCUGAAUGUGAGAAAAAUUUUACGGAAAAUCGAUCUCUCAUUAAACAUAGGAGAAUACACACGGGAGAAAGACCCUAUAAAUGCCUUGAGUGUGGGAAAGGUUUUAUUGAAAGUUCAUCCCUUACUAAACAUGGAAAAAUCCACACAGGAGAAAGACCCUAUAAAUGUCUUGAGUGUGGGAAAACUUUCAGUAUGAAAUCAGCCCUUAAUAUACAUCAGAAAACCCACACAGGAGAGAAACCCCAUACAUGCUUGGACUGUGGGAAAACUUUCAGUCAGAUCUCAUACCUUACUAAACAUGGGAGAACCCACACUGGAGAGAGACCUUAUAAAUGCCCGGACUGUGGGAAAACCUUCAGUCAGCACUCAUACCUUAUUAAACAUGGGAGAAUCCAUACAGGACAAAGACCCCAUAAAUGCCUUGACUGUGAGAAAGUUUUCAGUGAGCGAUCAGCCCUUAUUAGACAUGAGAGAACUCACAUGGAAGAGAAACCCCAUAAAUGCUUGGAUUGUGGGAAGAGCUUCAUUCAAACAUCACAACUUCUUAUACACCAGAGACUGCACACAGGAGAGAGACCCUUUAAAUGCUGUGAGUGUGGGGAAAGUUUUAUUCAGAACUCAAAGCUUAUUACACAUCAGCAAAUCCACACAGGAGAGAGACCGUAUAAAUGCCUUGAGUGUGGGAAAGGUUUUAGUCAGAGUUCAACGCUUAUUACACAUCAGCGAACCCACACAGGAGAGAGACCCUAUGGAUGCCUUGAGUGUGGAAAAGGUUUUAUCGCAAGUUCAGCCCUUACUAAACAUAGGAGAACUCACACAGGAGAAAGACCCUAUGAAUGCCUCGAGUGUGGGAAAAGUUUCAGUGUGAAAUCAGCCCUUAAUAUUCAUCAGAAAACCCACACAGGAGAGAAACCCCAUACAUGCUUGGACUGUGGGAAAAGUUUUAGUCAGCGCUCACACCUUACUAAACAUGGGAAAAUCCACAUGGGAGAGAGACCUUAUAAAUGCCUUGAAUGGGGGGAAAGCUUCGGUAACAGCUCAGAGCUUACCAAACAUGAGAGCAUUCACAAGAGUGAGAGACCCUAAAAACAGCUUGACUGCAGGAAAAGAUUCAAUUUUACCUCACACAUCCACAUAACAGCGAGACCUUGAAUCUGGGGAAAGUUUCAUUUGGUGCUCCCGGAGUAUCAGGCAUUCACAAAUCCACAUAAGGUAGAAACGUCUGAGAUGUCCUCAGUGUGGAAAAGAUGCCAGGAGGAACUAACUCCAUACUGUACAUCAGAAACUCCUAUGCACAGCAGAGAAACAGUGCCCUGAUAGAGGGUGACCAUAGUGAAAAAUCCAUUCUCUUGUUCCCACACACAUCAGGGACGUUUGGCUCCCAAUUAUCCUGCUGCCCAUUGCAGGAGUGAAGAUAAAGCAGCAGCCGAGCAUCUGCUGGUCAGUGACCCUCUGGCUCUUUCUGGUCUAAGCAAACCCCAGGCAGAGGAGGAGAAGUCCCCAACAGCCCCUCCUCCCCGCUGCAUCCCUGGCUGCUGAAUUGAUGGGCCACAGGUGAGGGAAGGGAGAGAGAGAAACUUCUCUAGAUGCUCCCUCUGCCUGGCUGAAGUCCCCCUCUCCCUUCCCCUCCCAGCUGGGAUCCCCCUGCCAUGGAGAUGAGGACACUUGGGCCAGGCCUCACCUUCACUCUACACACCUGUCACCACCCCCCAUCUUCCACCAGCCCCUGGGCUGGGCUCCCCCAGUGAUCUGAGGCUGUUCCCUGCAGGGUGAGUGUCCCUGGGGGCUGGUAACUCCUCCCCUCCCCAAAUCCCCCAGGGCGCUGGGCUCUGGGGGAAUCAACCCUUAAGGCACCAGACGCUGGGUUGUGGGGUGGAAACUGGGGAUUGAAUGGCUGGGGCUGGGGGAGCUGGGAAGCAGGGGGAGCUGGGUGCUGGGGCUAUUGACUGUUUGGGGACGAUGGGAUAAGAGGCGAGGGAGAGCACAGGGGUAGCAAGGUGCUGCCUCAUCACUCACCCCCUCUGCCCCUCCUCCCUGCCCCCCCUGCAUUCAGACAGCACCAUUAGCAGAGACUAAUUUCCACAGGGCCUUUUGUUGGAAGCCUGGAUUUCUUACCUCGGCUACAGCAGCAUCAGCCUCUGAGAGGGAAGCAGCAUUGCCUAGUGGAUAGAGCACUGGCCUGGGACUCAGGAGACCUAAGCUCUGUUCCCAAUGCUGGCAGCAGCUUGCGGGAUGACCUGAAAUAAAUGUGUGCCUUCCAGAGAGGGAAUAAAUGGGGAGUGAUAAUAUCAGCAUCCGAGGGGUCUGUUUAGGGCAGAUAAAGUGGUUGGGAUUAGCUAGUGCGUCUCCUUUGUUCCUCCACCCUUUUUGCUAGCCUAGACUGACCCAUAGCGUUUUAUUCCCACCCCUAUUAGCAAAGUGAUUGUUAAAGUCACUAAGUCCCCCCUUUGGAGUGAGAUUAUGUCAUUCCCAUUUAUUAAAUUAGUUUGAUGGAAUAUAGCUCGGGUUUAUUGAGGGCUUCAAAAGACAAAUGAUCACUUACCAGAAUAGUCCUUUCUGAAUUUCUUUUCACAUUUCCCUAGCCUUUGUCAUGAGUCUGUCUUAUUCUCUGAACUGUGCAAAUGACCAGUAUCUAUCCCAGAGUCAGAGACUGAAAUGAGGAAGGAAGUUACUGCCUGAUUCCUGCAGAGAUGUGAGAUAUAAUCAAGAGGGGGGAGUGGCCAAGGCCUUUAAUGGGCACUGUUUGCUCUUAUGAGCCAGAGAGCUGAGUCUAGGAACUGUAAACUCACUGCACAAGUCCCAGAGAGAGAGGAAAUGUCCUACAAGUGCUGGGUAAAGUCAUCCUUGAACGCUAAAGAACUGCCAAUGAUAUCCCAAGAGGAUUGAUGUGGAGAGGGUUCGGCGACUCCCCAUUGCUGAGAGGAGGCCGGGCAAAUGCCUCUAUCAUCGAUUGUUAGCACUUUUCUGCUAGCUUUAACUUGUUCUUCUUUCCCUGGAGCAUGUGUGUGGCUGGAGCACCAGUGUGCUGGGCUGGGGCUGAAAUGCACCGUGACGAGCUGGGCGUUGGAUUGGGGAGGGGAGGCAGAAUUUAGCUUUUAUUUCUUGCUUUGAAAAGAAUAAAGUAGAAUUU